UCUCUAGUUAAUGACUGAUUAGCUCAAUCAGGUAAUAUUAAUUAUGGAGAAAUAAGUUUAUAGUUUAUAGUUUAAAGUUUAUAAGCAUGUCAUAUCACUUUUUCCGGCAUAGCCAAAGACAUGACGAUGUCUAUCUCCAUCAUCUUGGGAGGGAAAAAACAGUCACAGAUGAAUACAAAACUGACAAUAGCAAUCUCUCUCAGAGCAGAGCCAACUCAGUGUAGCUUUGCAAUAGGGUACCUGUGGAUGUGUGUCUUUCAUUGGAAUUCCAAAUAGGGUUGAUUUUGUACGGACUUGAAAUACAAAUAUAUUUGAAAAUUAUUAUAGAAAGUGGAUCAAAUAAUCAAUCAAUUUGUUUUGAGUUUGCUUUUUUGAGUUCCGGCAUAAUUUUUUUUUUUUGGGGGUGUGCUUGCACUCCACUUUCAUACAUUUGUAGAUCAAAUAAACGUUUUUAAGUUCAAUAGCACACUUCUGUAGAAAAAGCCAUCAAAUUAUUUUGAAACACAGGUAUGCAUCGAUCUAUAAUAAGGUAUAACAAUGUUUUAUAUAGUACAAUAAGACAAACACUCCUGGUAGUAGUUUAUGCAUAACCUCAGUAGAGCAGAAGAUAAUCGAUACCGUGGUAUAUAAACCCAUUCAUUGAUGUAGCGACUCGCGCACAGACUGACUGUCCACACCGUGGGUUGGUUUUGCAUGCUCUGUUGGGUUGAAAGCUGCUCGACAGUUUUGACGACGAAAUACUACCCGGAAAAGAGCCGUGGCGUGGUUUAGACAACAGAGACAGAGCGAUAGGAGGUUCACUGGAUAAAAUGUUGUAAGGGAUAUUGAACGUCAAAACAUCAGUAUAUUGUCCGUUAUUCGUUUAUCAGGAUGUCGGCGUCUGCUAUAUUUAUUCUGGAUCUUAAAGGCAAGGUGUUGAUAAGUCGUAACUACAUGGGAAACAUGGACAUGAAUGAGAUCGACCAUUUCAUGCCUAUAAUGAUGAGGAUGGAGGACGACGCAGACACGUCGCCCCUGGUGACCAGCGGCUCCUCACACUUCCUGUGGAUCAAACACAGCAACCUCUACCUGGUGGCAAUGACCAAGAAGAAUGCCAACGCUGCUCUGGUAUACUCCUUCCUCUACAAAAUAGUACAGGUGUUUAAGGAGUACUUUAAGGAGCUGGAGGAGGAGAGCAUCCGUGACAACUUUGUGAUUGUGUAUGAGCUGAUGGACGAGGUCAUGGACUUUGGCUUUCCCCAGACCACAGACAGCAAGAUCCUGCAAGAGUACAUCACCCAGCAGGGUCACAAACUGGAUGUGGGCGCCCCUCGCCCCCCCGCCACCGUCACCAAUGCAGUGUCCUGGAGGUCAGAGGGCAUCAAGUACAGGAAGAACGAGGUGUUCAUGGACGUCAUCGAGUCCGUUAACCUGCUGGUAAGUGCGACCGGCAGUGUCCUGCGUAGUGAGAUCAUGGGCAGCAUCAAGCUCAAAGUGGUUCUGUCUGGAAUGCCAGAGCUCAGACUGGGCCUCAACGACAAAGUGCUCUUCGAGAUCACAGGAAGAGAGAAGAGUAAGACGGUGGAGCUGGAAGACGUGCAGUUCCAUCAGUGUGUCCGUCUGUCUCGCUUCGAGAACGAUCGAACCAUCUCCUUCAUCCCCCCGGACGGAGAGAGUGAGCUCAUGUCCUACCGCCUCAACACCACGGUGAAGCCUCUUAUAUGGAUCGAGAGUGUGAUUGAGAAGUUCUCCCACAGCCGAGUUGAGAUCAAGGUUAAGGCCAAGAGUCAGUUUAAGAGCCGCUCCACCGCCAACAACGUAGCCAUCAUGGUACCCGUGCCCAGCGACGCCGACUCGCCUAAAUUCAAGACGAGCACAGGCAGCUGCAAGUAUCUUCCCGAGAAGAGCGUGGUGCAGUGGAACAUCAAGUCCUUCCCUGGAGGCAAGGAGUACAUGAUGAGGGCUCACUUUGGGCUGCCUAGUGUGGAGAGUGAUGAGUUGGAGGGGAAGAGGCCCAUCACUGUCAACUUUGAGAUCCCCUAUUUCACUGUAUCUGGUAUCCAGGUACGCUAUCUUAAGAUCAUUGAGAAGAGCGGCUAUCAGGCGUUACCGUGGGUACGCUACAUAACACAGAGUGGAGAUUACCAACUUCGGACAAACUAAGGGCAAGCCUGCUGCCACACGAAUGGAUCUUCACUCCCUCCCCCUCUCUCUGGCUCCCUGGGAGUGAGGGACAGCAGAGGACAAGGAAAGGGUAACCAUUUUCACCACUCUCCAAAAGGACCAGGCAGCCAUCAUGCCCCUGAUCUGCAGACAUUGAGUACCGUAAAGACUUUGUGACGAUCUCAAUUGCAUACUCCUCUCUCUGUCAUUUCCUCAAACCACAUUGGAUGAGGAAGCCAGAGGUCCCCCCUCUGACCAUCUCCUCCAAUGGGUUUUGAGAAGGAGAUGAGGAGAGACGACGCGAGGAGUAGGCAAUUGAGACCUUCCCAUAGUUUCCCUUCAGAACUCGACUGAUGUGUCACCAAUGGCAAAAGUUUUACAGCAUCUGAAGACAUGUUUUCUCAGUAAUGAACGUAGGGGUUUUUCCCUAUUGGUCUUGGUCGUGUUGUAAAAAUUGUAUAGUUUGUUUAUUCUCAAGGCACAGUGUGUUUAAUUUGCCGUAAGAAUUCAGGGUGUGAGACAUGGUUGAAAGUCUGUGAACAUUGAAACGUGGCUUUUACGCAGCACUGAUAAACUUGUAUCUGGUGGGUGUGGUUGUCAGUUGAUGUUAUCGUGGGGUCAGUUCUGUAACAGCAUUCAGUCUCGUGAAAUGAACACCGAGCUGGUCAGAUCACCGAUUACUAAGUAAUACAAAAUAAACAAUAUUGCCAUCUUUGUAUUUGCACUCAGUUUACAACUAACUAUGUGGAAAAGACUGAAGGAAUUACUUUUCUUUUUGCUUUACUGACAAGGAAGUAGUUUAUCUACCUGGCGGAAACAGAUCACUUGAGGAAAAUACAUGAAAGUAAUAGAUAACCCUCCAGAAAUACAGGUGGACCAGUAUGAACAAGGCCUUGCCUGGCUAUUGUAUGCCAAAAUGGGUUAAAAUUAAUGGUUUUAUAUUUUUAAUUGAUUUUUCUCCAUCAACAAUAAAAAACCACCCAACUUUUCCAAAGCAGGUGUUGUUUGGUAUAGUUACUGUAGUCUGUUGGGCACCAACCCCUCAUAUCAGCCUUGGGUCUCUGCCAGAGGAAUAGAGUUGAAAGGUUCAGCCCAGACGCUAGUCAAUUUGUUAUGUGCAUGAGUUUGCGGUGUGUAGGCCUACUGUAUGAAAUCCCAUAUUACACUUUCCUUGUAAAAUAGUUGCUUGAGGAACAGAACAAAUAUGACGAUUUUCUUUCAGAAAGGGUUUUAAUGGAUUAGUACAUGUGUUUUUCAAUCUCUCAAUAUCUUAUUUAUUAACCAUAUGUAAGUCAACAGGAGGCAAAAGGACCAAUGUAUAAAUAAAUGUCUUUGUACUUUUUCUUCUA